GGAGACACGCGUGUUGCGGCUCCGUGAAUGCCAUGGGAUCCAGCGGAAAGACACGAGUGUGGACGGCGGUGGUGAUGCGGUCUAGUGUUCCAGUGUUUUUUUUCAGUAGAGAGAAAGGAGACUGACGCUGGAGCGGGUGGAGACUGCUACACAUUUAAAUCCCCCGGGUUGCUUUUUCAGCUUUUAACUACAAAUAACUUCUCUCUUUUUUUCUUUGUAACAUUGGACUUUUCUAGCGCAGAUUUAAUGUCGUAAAUGACAGGUUUGUAGGGGCGUCGUUGUCGGGAAGUUUUUUCGCGGGGGGAUUCGUUCGGACCAGCCGAGGACCAUGGCAGUCGAGGCUCGGCCGGAGCUGGUCGGGAAGCGGUUCCUCUGUGUCAGCGGGGACAAGCCGCCUGAAAUCGGCGACAUCGCUCGCUGGCCCUGGAGGUCCGGUGUCAUACGAGCCGUAAACCAUUGUGACAGCGACAAUCCCGACCUGACGGUAUACGUGGAGUUUGAUGAUCAGGAGUGGGAGAAGAGAGAGUGGGUGAAGGUCUAUGAGGAUUUCCAGCUGUUUCUACUGGAGCACCAGCUGGUCUGGGCCAAGAGGAAGGAGGGAGCAGGAGGAAUGGGAGCAGGUGGAGGAGCAGGAGGCCUGCUGCAGGCAACCAAGGCUAAACAUAUACAGUGGCCCGCGCUGGCAUUUAAGCCAGUGGUUGGGAAGAGCCUGUUGUCAUCCGUAACAGCAGUGGAAUUCCUGUUAGACCAACAGCUGGACUUCCUGUCGGACCAUUCAACUUUCCAACCAUACCAGGAUGAGGUGGAUAGUCAAAACCCAGUGUUGAGAGACAACCCACAGCUCCAUGAAGAAGUGAAAGCCUGGCUCAAAGACCAGAAGGUGCAGGAAAUUUUUAUGCAAGGUCCUUAUUCGUUGAAUGGCUACCGCGUGCGUGUGUAUAGACAAGACUCAGCCACCCAAUGGUUCACAGGCAUCAUUACACACCACGACCUCUUCAGUCGAAACAUGGUCGUUAUGAAUGACCAGGUGUUAGAGCCUCAGAACGUAGAUCCAUCCAUGGUCCAGAUGACCUUUCUGGAUGACGUUGUACACUCGCUGCUGAAAGGAGAAAACAUCGGCAUCACCUCCAGACGAAGGUCACGUUCCAGCCAGAACAACAACUCUGCCCAUAUGGCAGGAGGGAGACCUGGCGGCACCACUGGCAACACUCAGAGUCAUUACACACGAGCCCAGGCCAACAGCCCCCGUCCUAUCAUGAACUCAUCCGGCCCCAACCAAAAGGGUUCCCAGGGAGCACUGGCAUCUCAGCAGCACAGCCUAUCACAGCAGAGCCAGCAGCCAGCCAGCCAAUCACACCAUUCACCUGGCGGCAAUGGACGGGAACAGCGGGAGCAGCGCAGUUCACGCUCCUCAAGAAGGAAAGGAUCGGACAGUAGCGUGCCAGAGGAGGACAAGGACAGGAGGGAGGAUACGACAGGUAGAGAAUCCAAGUCCAAGGUGAAACAGGUGGUCAGUAAACGUCGGAAGGGCGAGGAAGAUGAGAAGAAGGCAGGCUUAAAGAGGCUAAAGACUGACAUGACGUCUGAUUUGUCGGAGAGCAGUGACUCAGAAAACCCGCACAACAAAAGGACCGCCCACUCGUCUUGCUCUUCUUCCUCCUCCUCCUCCUCCUCCUCCUCAUCUUCCUCAUCGUCCUCCUCCUCAGAGCCAAACUCUGAGAAUGAACUGAAGACUCUCAGUAGUGACGUUAAACCGAGUUCUGUUUCCAAAAUGGAGGAGGAGGAGAAACCGCUAGUGCAAAGCGCCAAACUGAACAAUUCCUCAUCUCUAAUUGGACGGCUUUCCCCGUGGGUGGAACUUCAGGCGGAGGAGAGCAAAAAAAGUGUGGUCAAGGAUACAGGAAAAGUGACCCCUAAAGAGGCAGAGGACUUAGUGGCCGUAACACACAUCGCCCAUUCUCCCCGGCAGCAGUCUGUGAUGUCUGAACCGAUCCAGGGAAGCUUCAUCGAGAGCAAGAACACUGUGAAAGCAUCUCCUCGAUCCCAGACCCCAUCGUCCACUCAACUCCACAGCAGCGGUGUCAUCGACAUCACAGACGAUGCCCAGGCCACAGUGCACCGCGAGAGCUCGGAGGCUGUGUCAGCACUUCUGGCCUCCCAGAAGGCUGAGUCCACGGCCCUCUCACCUUACCUCCUCCUCAAUCCUUCUCCUGUUUCCUCACCGCCCAUUCCACCCUCUCCCUCACCAUCAGAAGGAGGACGUAGAACGGAUGUUGAGCCUCCAGUGCAACAGCAGCAACAACAACAACAGCAGCAGCAGCAGCAGCAGCAGCAACAGCAGCAGCAACAAAACAUGGUGGGAGGUGCCCUGGCAGCUGCCAGGAGUGUUGGCAGCAAAAUAGAGUUUGCUCCCUCUGAGGUCAUUAGGCCUGUUACAUCAAUAGCUAAUAGUGUGGUGCUGGUGGAGAAGGAGAAGCCUGUUCCUCCUCAUCAUAAUCUUCAUCAACAGCAGCAUCAGCAGCAGCAUUCUGAACCUCAGCCACACCCUCAGCCACACAUUCAACCACAGCAUCACUACACAUCUAUCCAAUCUGGCAUUAAGAGCCCACCUUUAUCUGAAGAGACAAGAAAACAUCCACAGCAGCCGCCGCCACCUCAGAAGAUAAAUCCAGUCCUUUCCUCUGAUUUAGCUAAACCCAAAAUGAGCCUUAGCCCAAACCCCGGCACACCUCAGCAUGACUCUCUUAGGCAAAAACCCCAGCUUCUAAACAACACCCAGAGCCAUCCCUAUCCCAACACAAACCCAAAUGAACUCCACAAAGCUAAGGCCCACCCCAGCCUGAUAGACAUCUCCAAACCUAAACCCAACACCUCCCCAGAGGUCUCCAAACAUAAAAUACCGAGAUACUUGGAUAGCUCUCCUCCUCCCACAGGCCGUCUGUCUGCUAAAAUAGAAACACCAGAACCUGUGAGGUCCGGUUUUAAGCCAGUUCCAUCGCGGUCAGAGUCGGGCAGCAGCACCAAGAGUCCUCUGAUCAUCGAUAAGAAUGAAACUUUCACCGUUUACAGGGACCCAGCACUGGUCCGCUCUGAUGCAGAGAACUCUGUUGCUGUCUCCGUCUCUUCCAAUCACGUCGCGGCCUAUCUCCACACUCACCUGCACACCCUGCACUCUCCCUCCCCUCACUCCCCCUGCCUCACACCUGCAACCCACCCCCAUGCCACCUCUCAUCUCCUGGCUGCAGCUCACAAUUCUGCCCUACCUCAUCCACACCUUUUACCCCAUGGGGUGCUCCCUCCUAUGCCUCCACCCACAGCAUCUCUCCUCGGGGGACAUCCUCGGCUUGACUCCCCUGGUGGUUUGGGUCACCUUGGCCUACCUCACCCUGCAGCCGCACACCAGCAGCCAUUCCUACAGGGACAAGGUCCUCCUCCACCCCCACUACUCACCCAGGCUCACAGCGGGGCAGCAGGGCUGGGCCUCUACCCCAUCCUCUGGCCGUAUCCUAAUGGAACACCAACCUCUUACCCUCCAGGACUUGGCUUGUCCCCUGCAGCGAAGUGGGUUCACCCCGAAAAUCCCGUCACCGUGAAUUCUGAGGUCUCUCUCAGGAGGAACACAGCCAGUCCGUGGCUACACCAGGCUGCUGGUAGCACUGGUGACGGUCUGGGUUUACUGAGUCACGUUCCUGUCCGACCGGCCAGCGCUGACGCCAACCGCCACCCUGUCAAGAUCAACACACAUGCAAGUCCUCCAUUGUCAAAGGCCAGUCUGGAUGUUCAUAAAGACAGAGAUGUGGAUAAAAAAGGCUUUGUGGAUCCCAUCAGAAAUAUGACGUUGGCCCACUUGAAGCAGGAGCAGACAGACAGAUGUCGCACGCCAACAGGGAAAGACAUCCAUCUUCACCGUCUCUAUCUGGAUCCACUGAGUAAAUCCCGGAUGACAAACACACAGGAGACAGUUCAAAAUGUAGACAGAGCCAGCAAGUACAAAGAGGAGAAUCGGCAGAUCCUGAAAGAGAGCAUCGAAGUCGCUCCCUUCACUGCAAAGAUCCAACGCUCAAGUGACCCAGGCAUGGACAGGGACAGAGAGAGAAGCAGAGACCCCGUCUUCCCUGUGCGAAUACCAGCCCUCACCUCCCCGAGCCCCAAGGCCAGUCAUGCACACCCCCAUGUAAUCCAGUCAGAAAAAAGUAACUACUUCACCACGCUGUCCAACAGUGUUGUAAAUGAGCCUCCUAGACUGUACCCCUCCAAAGAGGUGAGCUCAUACUAUGAGAAGGUUUCAGGGGUUGUGGCCAGUAUUGGUGCAGCUGUGCCCAACCAGGGAGCUCUGUCUUUAGGCAACCACAGCUCCAAAGCCUCCCUGUCAAAGCCCCCUCCUCUUAUAAAGCACCAGCCAGAGGGUGGAGAGGGCUUGGCAGGGAAAAUCACUGAGCAGCUUAGCCAGCAGGUGACACUAGUCCAACAGCAGCAUCAGCACCAUGUAGGUAUGGACAGGAUUGACCGCCGCAGCCCUGCCAUCUCUCCUUCCACUUCUACAUCUUCCUCUUCAGCUCUAAACCACCACCACCACCACCACCACCACAAUCAUCAUCACCACCUCCACCAACAGCAGCAGCAGCAGCUCAGGGCAAUGCCAUCUCUCCACCGAGCACCCGUCUUCCACCCUCCCACACAGCACGCGCUGGAACGAAAAGAGGCCGCUGAGCGGGAGAGAGAGAGGGAAAGGGAGAAGGAGCGGGAAAGAGGGGGAUACGGUGGUCGUCUGUCUCCCCCAACCCUCACGCCCAUACAGCCUGUAAACUUGGUGGCAGCCAGUAGCAAAGCAUCAGCAGAGCAGCAAAAACCUCCCACACUGUUGCCAGAACUCAGGGACGUCAAAGGUCAUGGAAAUGCAGCCACGAUCACCUCGGUGGCCUCUGUGGAAAUGAUGACUUCAUCUGCAGGUGGGUGGAGGGCUGGAGAGAUGAUUCAGGAAAGAGGAUUGUACCAUGGAGAGAAGGGACUAUCAAGAAGCAAGCCCCAAGCUGCAAUGGCAUCAGUCAUCGUACGUCCGUCGACGUCUAUUAAAUAUGACAAUUCUGUUGGUGCUAACAAAUCUGGUGCUAUAAUCCAUCAGGACCUGCCCCAGGGGAGGUUUUACUCAUCCAAGCUUCAGGGGGAAUGUCUGAGGUUAGGAGAGAGUGUUAGAGAAGCAGGGGCUGGCAGGGUUAUCCAGCCAAACUCGAACAUAGACGACAUGUGUGUCCAGUAUAAAAAGACUUAUAUGAGUGGCCUGCAAGGAACUAUGGGAGUCAGUGCCGCAAACUCUGUGUGCAGGACGGUGCUUUCAGCUUCGCCUGCCUUUGCUAUACAAACUAAACCUGGGACAGCCACUAACCAGCUAGGAAACACAUUUUCCCCUCGUGGUCACUCAGCACUAGGAGAGCCUCAAGAAGGCUUUGUCAUACGAACCACAUCUCCAGGGGGUUCUUUACCUCCCCCUACUCCUCCCAAAGCAGGGACUCCCCAACCAAGUCCAAGCCUCACUCCACAACCCAGCUCUGCUUCAGGAUCCAGUCAAGCUUUAUCCUCCUCCUUUGUCCACCUCAAGAAGCACAAGGCUGCCCUCGCUGCAGCCCAGUCCAGAAGCAACGCCUCCACUGCUCCCACAGCUAUCACAACUGGAAACUCCCCCCUGUCUGUGGAUAAUGUGGACAGAGCUCCCAUUCACAGUUCCCCACCACCGUCCUCCUUGAGCCAAGCCCCAUCAUCGUCCGCUGACAGUGGCAGCAGCAGCUCCACAAGUGGCAGCACAACCCCAGGCAAGUCCAGUCCUCUGCCUAACAGCCAGCCCUCAGGGUCGGCCUCUGCUCAACCCAGUAACUACCACAAACUGAAGAAAGCCUGGUUAACACGGCACUCAGAGGAGGACAGGAUUACAUCCACCACGACCAUACCCCCCAGUGCUAAACCAGAGAAGCUGACCAGCCCCACUACCAGCAAAAGUAACCCUAGCAACACUACGGCCAUGUCAGAGAUGAUCAAACCCUGCACUGUCAAUCUCAGUGCCUCCACCUCCAGUGAGAUGGAAAUGAGCAAGGACAUCGGAAGCAAAGCUGAGAAGGAGAGGCAGCUUGAGGAUAAGAUAGGAGCAGGAGGAGGGGAUGACAGGAAAGCCGUCUUUUCUUCAAAGCGAGGGAACAAACGGCUGUAUGAGUCAGGUUCGGAGAGCGGAGGAGACGACUCUGAUGGCAGCGAAAGCAAGAUGGAAGGCCGGGCCAAGCGUCAGCCCAAACCCACUUACAAGAAAAAGCAGAAUGACAUGGCUAAGAGGAGAGGGGACAAUGAGAAGGACGAAGAUGACUUAAAGCCCAACGGCAUCUUCAGAUCAGCCCGGGAGAAGACUAAACUGAAGUUGGCCAGCAGCAAUGGCAUCCCCCGCUCUGUGCUGAAGGACUGGAGGAAGGUGAAGAAGCUCAAGCAGACAGGAGAGUCCUUUCUGCAGGACGACUCCUGUUCAGAAAUCGGCCCCAACCUGCAGAAGUGUCGUGAGUGCAGGGUCAUCCGCAGCAAGAAGGGAGAGGAACAGGCACACUCUCCUGUCUUCUGUCGUUUCUACUACUUUAGAAGGCUUUCCUACAGUAAGAAUGGAGUCAUCCGGAUGGAUGGCUUCUCCAAUCCAGACCAGUUUGAUGAUGAGGCUAUGUCCCUGUGGGCCCCUGGGGCCAUGGAAGAGACCCACCUGGACCAAACCACGGCCAAGUACAUCCUCAGCUACAUUGGAGACAAGUUCUGUCAGAUGGUGGUGACUGAAAACACCGCAGCUUCCUGGGUCAAGAAAGAUGCCAAGCUGGCAUGGAAGCGAGCGGUGAGAGGGGUGAGGGAGAUGUGCGACGCCUGUGAGGCAACACUCUUCAACAUCCACUGGGUCUGUCAGAAAUGUGGUUUUGUUGUCUGCCUCGACUGCUACAAGGCCAAGGAGAAGAGGAGCUCUAAAGAUAAAGAGUUUUACACCUGGUUGAAGUGUGUGAAAGGUCAACCCCAUGAUCACAAACAUCUGAUGCCCACACAGAUCAUACCAGGCACAGUGCUGACUGAAUUGGUGGCCUCCAUGCAUUUGCUGAGAGACAAAUACAACAUCAAAUCCCACUGUGCCUGCACCAACAAACAGAACCUCCUCAACAAACUGCAGUCCACAAAUGGAGUUUCACAGGUUCUGCAGAACGUUUUGAACCACAGUAACAAGCUGUCUCUGAAGACUGAGCCGAGCUCUCAGCAAAAUUGUGACACAGGAGUAACCAAGGUGGAAACAAAUGGCGGAGGGAUGGGAGGAAGCAGUCCAGGCAGCGACACCGGCAGUGCUCCUGUCACCCCUCCAGAAUCCCAGUCACCUCUGCACUUCCUCGCCGACCUGGCAGAACAGAAGUCCAGGGAGGAAAAGAAAGAAAAUAAGGGGUCAGUGUUGCUGGGUAAAAUGGUGAAGGAGGAAAAAGAGGGAGAGAGCCUGGAAGUGCUGCAGCAGUGCAAAACCACAUCACUGGUCACCAACAAUUCAGAGCAGGGUUCCACGCUCAGAGAUCUGCUCACCACCACAGCGGGAAAACUGAAGCUGGGCUCCACCGAUGCAGGAAUCGCAUUUGCACCAGUUUACUCUACUGCUUCACAGACUGGAAAGAGCGGAAGGAUGCCCAAUAUUCUGGAUGACAUCAUCGCUUCCGUGGUGGAGAACAAAAUCCCUGCCAGUCGCCAGAACAUCACUGCCAAGCUGUCAAUCAAGCAGGAGCCACUUACCACCGGCAGCAGCAUCAAUAACAUUGUCAACAACACCAGCACACCGGCUGUAAUGGAGGAAACCAAACCAGACAGGAAGAAACCUGUGCCUGUUCCUGCAUCUGUGCCAGAUGAAUCAACCAAUCAGCAUCCAGACAUUCCCCACUGCUGGUUAUACAACAGGCGCCUACUGUGGCUCAAGGAUCAUCGCAGCCAGAACAACUGGAAGCUGUUCAGGGACUGUUGGAAACAAGGACAGCCUGUGUUGGUGUCAGGAAUUCACAAGAGACUAAACGCCAGUCUGUGGAAAGCCGAAUCCUUCAACCAGGAGUUUGCUGACCAUCAGGGAGAUCUCCUCAAUUGCAAAGACCAGGUGGUCACCAACUCUGGCAUCAAGGAAUUCUGGGACGGAUUUGAGGACAUCAACAAACGUCCAAAAUCCAAGGAUGGAGAACCGAUGGUUUACAGACUGAAGGACUGGCCGUCUGGAGAGGAGUUCAUGGCACUCAUGCCCUCAAGGUAUGACGACUUGAUGAAGAACCUGCCGCUGCCAGAAUACUCUGACCCAGAGGGAAACCUCAACCUGGCCUCACACCUGCCCUCCUUCUUUGUCAGACCAGAUCUUGGGCCGAGACUGUGCUGUGCUUAUGGUGUGGCAGCAUCUCAGGACCAGGACUUUGGGACGGCCAACCUCCACGCGGAAGUUUCAGAUGUUGUGUCUGUUCUGGUCUAUGUAGGAGUAGCUAAAGGCAACGGAGUGCUGUCCAAAACUGGAGUGUUGAAGCGUCUAGAGGAGGAGGAUCUGGAUGAGGGAGUUCGCAGGAGGCUGAAAGACUCCAGUGAGACACCAGGGGCACUGUGGCACAUCUACCUCAACAAGGACAUGGACAAAGUCCGUGAGUUCCUGUACAAGCUCUGUAAGGAGCAGGGAUUGGACAUGUCCCUGGACCAAGACCCAGUCAGAGAGCAGGGCUGGUAUUUGAGCAGGAAGCAACGUCAGCGAUUGCUGGACGAACAUGGAGUUCAGGGCUGGACUGUGGUUCAGUUCCUCGGAGACUCUGUCCUCAUACCAGCUGGUGCUAUGCACCAGGUCCAGAACCUUCACAGCUGUGUUCAGGUCAUCAAUGACUUUGUGUCUCCUGAACACGUGGCCAAGUCCUUCCAGUUGACCCAGGAGCUGCGGCCCGGUAAAGAGGAGGUUAACUACGAGGAUAAACUACAGGUGAAGAACAUCUUGUUCCACUGUGUGAAAGAGGUGGUGAGCUCACUAAAGAGGAGCAGCUCUGAGGAGGGCGAGGAGGAGGAGAACUCAUGACAUCCACCUCUCUUUUUGCUCUCGUCCACAACUUCUGGAGAGCGAGAGAGAGAAAGAGAGAGACAAUACGUCUCCCCUCAGCUCCUCCUUACCACACAACCUCCACAUCUCAUGGAGGACCACAGAAGGUGUUUGAGGUCAAAGCUGGUCAUGUGAGCUCGACCUUAUACACAUGUCGUGGUGGCUGGUGAGAUGAGCGUCCACCUCCGUCAACACCACCGUAAUGAGCCCAAACCUCGAGUGCCAAGAGGAGAUGGACAGAAGAUCAGAUGGUGUGAGAACCUCAACGCUGAACUACAAACCUCCGCGCUUACAUCACUGAGCUCAGUGUGUCCAGCUGAGACACUGUCCCAGACACACAGCGCCACCUUCUGCCCUCUCUCUGCAAUCUGCCGCCCAUCAAAAAACCCAGGAGAUUUAACUCCUGUCUUGGACAGAUGACAUCACCAGCAGCAUCAGGAUCAAAACUGUCAUCUCUGAUGUUAAAUUUAAAAAUAAAUAAAUAAAUAAAUAAGGAUUUGAGGGGGAAACAAAAAAGAAAAGAAAAAUCUCAGAUAUUUCACUCAGCAGCAGCAGUAGAAAUCUGUGCUGCUCCCUCUCUGUUGUCUCUUCUGUAACUCUGUGUCUGUUCUUGUCCUUUUUUUCUACUUCUGUCCAUCUGUUGCUGUUCAGCUCUUAAUUUUUUUUUUCAUUUUCGUACCGAGGUUUGUUUUAUUUCAGAUGUAUUUAUUUUAUAGCUCUGUGAUGAUGCAGUGUUAUUGAGGCAAAAGCAUUCAUGUAAAUGUGACUGUACAGUUCCUUUGUUGAUGUUUUUUUUAUAUGUUGUUUUCAGUUGUGAUACGGCUCUACUGUGAUGGAGGACACACUCUCACACACACACACUCACGCCAGCUAAUGCCUGUAACUUUAGGAAAUGUCAAUACUCUGCAGUCCUCUUGCCAUAAAAACAUUUUUAAAUAAGAACUGCCAAACUAUUGUAAAGACUGUAAAGUUGUAUUAUGUAAAGAAAAACACACAAAAAUGGCUUAUACACAGCAUUUUAUGAAAAAGUAUUCUCUGUAAAAUGGAGACAUUUACAAGAAAAAAGAUGUAAUUUAUUUAAGAAAUUAAUUGUCUUGUUUUGUUUGUUUUGUUAAAAUUUACUAUGUUGAACCUUUGAAGUAAGAAAAGAUAAAAUAAUGACAAAGUUAACUGUAAUGUGUAAAUAUAUACUUUCACUGAAGUAUUUUUUUAAAAACAUGGCUUGCUUCAAUUUCAAAUUUUAAAGUGCAAGUGUUACAUGCUUUGUACAUUGAAGUUCAAAAGGGUUUUACAUUUUCCAUUAAAAUGGAUUUAUCAAA